AUGGUCACAGCUACUCCCACAACCUUCACCCGCGAUGAGGUCGCAAGUAACAACACCGUCGACUCGCUCUUUAUUAUAAUAGACUCGAAGGUCUACGACCUGACCUCCUUCGCGGACGCCCAUCCCGGUGGUGCACAUGUGCUUCUUCAAGUAGCUGGGAAAGAUGCUACCGCUGAGUUCUUCCAGAUGCAUCGUCAUGAGGUGCUCUUGAAAUAUGAGAAGUUAUGCGUGGGUACUAUUGCUGGGGAAACACCGCAGGUCUUAACCAUGGGGCCGGGAGACUUGUCGCCUGUUCCUUAUUCGGAACCUCAGUGGCUUGUGCCGGAAUUCAGUAGUCCAUACUACAAAGAGAGUCACCGCAAGCUUCGCAAAGCAGCCCGAAUCUUUGUAGAUGAGCAUCUUCGGCCUGAAGCUCUUCGUAUCGAAGAAGCCGGCGAGAGGCCCAGCAAAGAAAUCAUCAGAUUGAUGUGGGAGAAUGGAAUGAAUCCUAUGCGUCUUGGGCCAGGAAAGCACCUUAAAGGCCACACUCUGAUGGGCGGCAUAGUCGCUCCAGAAGAGUUUGAUUACUUUCACGAACUAGUCCUCACCCAGGAGCUCUCGAAAACUCAUGGCCGUGCCUGUAACGACGGUUUCCUCGGCGGUAUGGUUAUCGGUCUUCCGCCUGUUCUUAACUUCUGUAACGACCCUGCUCUCCGCGAGAGAGUUGCUCGGGAAUGUUUUUCGGGCGAGAAAGCUAUUUGUUUAGCUAUCUCUGAAGCUUUCGCUGGCUCGGAUGUGGCUGGUAUCAGAACCACGGCUGUAAAGUCGGAUUGUGGAAAGUUCUAUAUCGUAAAUGGAACCAAGAAAUGGAUUACGAAUGGUGUUUGGGCGGAUUACUUCACCACUGCUGUCAAAACCGAGAAGGGCUAUAGUGUCUUACUCAUCGAAAGAGGUGAGGGCGUCGAAACCGAGCAAAUCAAAACAUCAUAUUCCUCAGCCGCCGGAACUGCAUUCAUCACGUUUGAUAAUGUCCGUGUCCCGGUGAACCACCUGCUAGGGAAGGAACAUCAAGGCUUCCCCGUCAUAAUGUCCAACUUCAACCACGAACGCUGGGUCAUGUGCUGCGCCGUCAUCCGCAGUUGCCGUGUUGUUGUAGAAGAAUGUCUAAAAUGGACAAAUCAACGCACAGUUUUCAACAAACGCCUCAUCGAUCAGGCUGUCAUCCGUAAUAAACUAGCAAAAAUGAUAGCUCUCGUUGAGUCCUCUCAAUCAUGGCUCGAGUCCCUCACUUUCCAAAUGUGUAAUAUGAGCUACGCUCAACAAUCCGUCUCCCUCGCCGGCCCCAUUGCACUACUCAAAACAUUUGCAACAAGAGCAGCACACGAGAUUGCCGACGAGAGUGUACAAAUCUUUGGAGGCAGAGGCAUCACUAAAAGUGGUAUGGGCAGAGUUAUCGAGUCAUUCAAUAGAACCUACAAAUUCGACGCGAUAUUGGGAGGGUCGGAGGAGAUCUUGGGUGAUCUGGCGGUCAGGCAGGCGAUGAGGAAGUUUCCGAAGGCUAUGCUUUGA